ACUCUAAGCCGCUGGUUUAACAUGAACAUUUAUGCCGAAGAUCGUUUGGUGCAAUUGAAACCGAAAUUCACGCCCGAAAAGCCGAAAGUAUCCGGACGCCCAAAACAUAAAAGCAGCGAUUGCUCCAGCGAGGAAAUCGAGGAUGAUAAUUUCUGUUCCAAGGAGGCUGCAAAGAAAAGUUGCAAAUAUUAUUUGCAAAAUACCACCUUGCAUGGCUUGAAAUACAUUGCGGAGGACAAAAUUACUUUGCCCGAGAGAGUAUUCUUCGGGCUGUCUUUUAUUGGUGUGGUUAUAUUAUCCGUUUACUUUAUAUCCAAUGUCUAUGUGAAAUGGUCUGCAUCGCCGAUAAUAAUUUCGACAAGCGCCAAACAAACUCUCGCCAGCGAUGUACCCUUCCCAGCAAUAACCAUAUGUAAUCUGAAUCAGGCAUCCAGAAGUAAAGUGCAAGGCAUACCGACAUCUUAUUAUAGACAAAAUUUAAAUUAUUCUCUACUCAUGAGCCUCUGUGGACAGAACCAGUUGGGAGAAUCGUAUAAUGUUAGAGGUACUUGGGCAAAUUUUAAAACCAUUCUGAAAGCGGUGGCACAGCCCUGCGAUGAAAUGCUUUUGUACUGCAGCUAUGGAGCGAAGCAAGAGAAUUGCUCAGUGAUCUUCAACUCUGCCUUAACUGACGAUGGCUUAUGUUGCACAUUCAACGCUUUGGAUCCAAUUUUUAUGCAGCGAAAUUUUAGCGAUGAAGACCGCAUCUCGCCCAAAUCAACUAACCAUUUUGUACCAAUGGACUGGACACCCGAAAAGGGUUACAAUGCUGAUCUGCCGAAACACUAUUAUCCACGUGUAUCAGGUGGUACCGGAAGUCGGCAAGGUCUAACUGUUGUCUUGAACUCUUCAGCGUCCGAGUAUUACUGCACGAAAUCUAAGAGUGUUGGCUUCAAGAUUUUGGUGCAUAAUCCCGCCGAACUACCCAGGGUAACUAACUACGGAUUUUUGGUCACAGCCGGACGCGAAGCACGCAUUCCAAUCGAACCGAUUUAUGAGAACGCUGUUCCUGGCAUUCGUUCCAUACGUAAGGAGAAACGGCGUUGCCUAUUUUCCGACGAGGGUGACCUAACCUACUACCGCACGUAUUCGCGUAGGAAUUGCGAAAUCGAAUGCGAGGCGAAAAUUUUGAUUGAUAAAUGCGACUGUGUCCUUUACUAUUUGCCACGCAUUAAUGCCUCAGCACGUAUUUGUGGACCCAAUGACAAUGCGUGCACGAAUGAGAUACAAACACAAAUCGAGUCGUCGGAUAAAAAGGUGACUUGCGCCAAUUGCUGGCCGGCAUGCUUUGAACUGAGCUACAGGGCAACCGUAACAUCAACGACAAUCACUUAUGGACAAUUCUUGACAGCCGAUGAAUGGCCACCGGAGUUAUUCAGUUCGGCUACAAACUUUUCUGAGAUAUCUAUAGUGAACUUUUACUAUUUAUCAAGUAUAUUGCGCAGCACAACGAAGUCGGAGAUGUUCGGCUUCACUGAGUUUCUUUCCAACACUGGUGGUCUAUUGGGCUUGUUCAUGGGAUUUAGUAUCUUCUCGAUUAUCGAAAUAGUGUAUUACGUCACUUUGCGCCCGUACUGCGCCAGUCGCAACAUGCAAAUGUCUCGUCGCCGUCGUCAUAAUAACGUAAAAUGGCUGCGCGCUCUUCGAAGCAGAGUCAAGCCAGCGAAAUAUGAGGGCUCCUCCAAAUUUUGGGUGAAUGAGAUGCAACAGAAGAAGGUCACGAAUUACAAAAACUACCGAAAUAAUUUAAAUCAUAUCUUUUUACAACACAAACAAGCCCUACAAAAUAAUGAUGGCGUACCAAUGUACCCCUAUUUGGAGUGA